CCUCAAUUAUAUCAUCAUUUUCAUAAAAUCUUACAGAAACACAGAUCGAAAUUGGCGUCCCUUUUCACCACCACUUGUUGAUCUCAAUCUCUCUCUGCAGAUUUGAAAUCUUGUUCGAUUAUGGCUAUGCGUAGAAGAACUUUGCUCAAGGUCAUCGUCCUUGGCGACAGUGGGGUUGGUAAGACGUCAUUGAUGAAUCAAUAUGUACAUAAGAAAUUCAGUCAGCAAUAUAAAGCUACAAUCGGAGCUGAUUUUGUCACCAAAGAAUUGCAAAUAGAUGACAGACUUGUCACUUUACAGAUAUGGGACACAGCUGGACAAGAGAGGUUUCAAAGUCUUGGUGUUGCAUUUUAUCGAGGAGCAGAUUGUUGUGUUCUUGUGUAUGAUGUGAAUGUGAUGCGAUCUUUUGAUACACUUGAUAAUUGGCAUGAGGAAUUUCUCAAACAGGCAAAUCCACCAGAGCCAAGUACUUUUCCUUUCAUAUUGCUUGGUAACAAGGUCGAUAUAGAUGGUGGAAAUAGUCGAGUGGUUUCUGAGAAAAAAGCAAGGGAAUGGUGUGCUUCAAAAGGGAAUAUUCCUUACUUUGAGACUUCUGCAAAAGAAGACUUUAAUGUUGAUGCUGCAUUUUUGUCUAUUGCAAGAACUGCAAUGGCAAAUGAGCAUGAACAGGAUAUAUAUUUCCAGGGUGUCCCGGAGGCUGUUCCAGAAACAGAGCAACGAGGUGGCUGUGCUUGUUAAUCAUAUUGUCUGUUUGCUUGUUGCUGAUGUCAUCCUUGGCAUUUUUAUACGUAAGGCUGGCUCACAACACGUGUGUUUUUUUCUAUUUUCAAAAAUUUGAAACUUAAAGUGUUGAUUUUUUUGUACCUUUUUAAAAAUUUUCUUGUGGGAUUCUUUUAUUGAACAUUUUACAAUAUUUGUAACAUGCUUUUAUAACCUUGAGAUUUUUC